AUGGCAUCAGAACAUGGAAAAGGAGAAGAUGAAAAAUCUCAAUCUGAAUUGACAUAUGGUCCGGUGAUAAACAUAUUGAAUCGGAAGAAACUAAAUGAUAUGGGGAAAUUAGAUGUGGAGAAGGAAAUCUUACGCAUAAUAAGGGAAAAAACAAAGUUGCAAAAGGAGAUUAAAAGAAAUGCUGAAGGCUUGGUCGUGCUUGAGGAUGAAGAUGAAGAAAAGGACGAUGAGGAUGGGGAAGAGGGAAAGGGUGCUGAAAGUGAGGAUGAGGAGGAUGAAGAGGAUAAGGUUCUUAAUGUUGAGGAGGAGGAGGACGAAACUGUACGUGAAUAUAAAGAGGGGUAUGAUGUCAAGACUGAAAGCAAAGAUAAGGAUGGGGAUGACAGCAACACUGGAAGUGAAACUGAAAUUGAAUCUGACAAGAACGAAGUUCAGUCUAAAACUGCUGAAAAGCUGAGCACUCAUUUAUCAAAGAAAAAUGAGAAUAAUGAAGAUAAGGAUGGGGAGGAUGGAAGUGAAUCUGAUAAAGGAGUUGAGUUUGAAACUGCAUACAGCACUCCUCUGUCGAAGACAAAUGAAAUUCCUGAAGAUUAA